CGGAUCAUUCGUUUGCGUCUUUGUUACAAAAUCCUUUUGUUAUUGUUCUUUAACAAAAUAGAAACCACAGAUGUCUUGGUCUGCUCCAGAGGAUUGGUCUCGCUGGGAUCCAGAUACACUAAUGAUUUGUCCGUACGACGAAGCUCACAGAAUAAAAGCAAGGAGAUUUCAACACCAUCUGAUGAAGUGCAGGCAGAAUCAUCCCGAUAAAGACUUUGUUAACUGUCCUUUCAACGCUAAACAUGUCAUGCUAAGGCAUGAUGUUAGACAUCAUGUAAGCCGGUGUCCCGAUAGAUCUACCAUUGAGCAGUAUAAUUAUAAAGGAAGUGAAAAAGAUGAGGAUGGUUUUUACUUCAAAGGCAACACUUCAGUGCCAAGUUACCACAGAACAGAAGAAUUGCAACCAUCAACUGAAAACUGGGAUGAUCAGGAGGCAGAUCAUAGUCAACUGUUUCACAGAGUCGACAGAAUCCUUCCUAAGAAUGAGUCGUUUCAAUCGUCUGACUCCACAGCAGUUACUGAUAUUCAAAGGUUAAGUCCGGAGGAACGUGAGAAAUUCAAGCAACAAAUGAGAAGGGAAGCGCUAUUGAGAAGUUCAAGUUCAGAAGUGCAGCUCCCAUCAUCAUUGUACAAUUCUUCCCAAGGAUUAAGUUCGCAGGUAGAAAAUCGUGGACAGCGUUAUUCGGGCACAGACAAUCCCAUCUUUCGUCAUAGUCUCGAACAAAGUGUGACUGUUAGUUCUUCUCAACAGCAGGUUUUUCACGAUUCGGAUCUGCUUCGGAGAGGUCCUAUGGCAACCAGUAUUUCAACCCCAAAGAACCCAGUAUUUCAACACUGUCUCGACAAUAUGAAAGCGCAAUCUCGAUCGCUUCAUGAAAAUCCAGUGGUGUGCGAUAAGUCAAUUGAACAAUAUUCAAGACAGCUAGCUCAUGGUGAUAGUAACUCUGAAAGACCGGGCGUCGGAAAUAAAAGUUUUUCCUCCCAAGACACACGCAAAACCUCAUCCUCAUCCUCAUCGCUUACAAAUGCGAGCGAAGAACUCGAAAACGAAAUUCAAUCUAGACUUAAACUCGUUACAAACGAAAAACCAGAAUUUGCCCCAAUGAAUAAUGUUCGUGGACAGCCGACCUCGCCCAAAUCCACUGGCGUGAGUUCUACCCACUUGGCUGGAGUCGGUAGGGCCAGACUCCACGCGGAAGCUCGGAAGAAAAAUUUUGGCGGUGUUUCCUUCAGUCCUCCAAAGACGUCAGGUAUUGGGGCGGCCGGCUCUCCUCCGAUUGGAAGGGGCAGAGGCAUGUUGAGCUUCAUGUACUCAACCACAUAAAUUCCACUUAGCGGC